AUGGACGGCUCGACCAUUGUGGCCGCUGGUGGGGCGGCUUCUAUGAGCCCGACCAGCCCCGUGAGCUCUCGCCACGGCCACGGGAACGGCAACGGCCACGGCGCAAUCAAGCGCAAGAGAAGCAGCAUGGCGGGCAUUGAGAGCAGUCCAGGAAGCAUCAUUGACGAUGAACAUGACCACGAGAAGAAGCGCCAGCCCGGCGUCAAGAGGGCCUGCAACGAGUGUCGCCAGCAGAAGCUUCGCUGCGAUGUCGUACAGGACCCCUUCCAGAGCUGCUCGCGCUGUAACCGUCUCAAACUCGAGUGCAAGAUCGAGUCCAACUUCAAGCGCAUAGGGAAGCGAUCCAAGCACGCCGAGAUGGAGAAGGAGAUUGAUCGUUUGCGCCGCAACAUCUCCCGUGCCAAGUCACAGGGCUAUGUCUUGGAGGUCGACGACGACGAUAUGAACUCCCCCAUCGCUCAGAGCAACCCUACAUACACUCACACUCAUACCCGGAAUCCAUCAUUGAUGGGCUCCGACGAGGCUGUUUCCUCACUAUUGCAUCUCAAGCGGGGAGGAAACUACAAUGUACCCCGAUACACACACGAACUGGAGAACGUUCAAUUGACCGAGGACAACGUCGCAAAUCUGUUCCUCGAGUUUUUCAAUUUCUACCACCAGUUCUUGCCGUUUCUCAACCCCCAACAGCCGCCCGAUCAAUAUCACCAGCAACACCCCCUACUUUUCUGGUCCAUUAUUGCUGUCGCUGCCCGUCGGUUUAGCCCUCAAAACGUUCCAAAUCUACUCAACAAUCUCUCUGGCCCUUUGACGCGAUUUCUGUGGUCAACCAUAGGGGAGGUUCCUAGCAAUUACUACGUGGUCAAGGGAAUGUGCUUGUUGUGUACAUGGCCCUUGCCGACCAGUACGACUUCAUCAGAUCCUACUCACAUCCUGUGUGGUGUCAUGAUGAAGACUGCAACCGGUAUUGGACUUCACCGACCCAAUCACAUUCAGGAUUUCUCCAGGGUUUCAGUUGAGCUGAAUAAAGAGCAGCUUAGUGAUCGCGUAACGACGUGGGCAGUAUGCAACAUCGUAGCGCAAUCAGUCGGCACCGGAUAUGGUCAGCCAGCAUCGAGUCUUUAUGACUGGACCCUGGCUACGAGGCCGGGAGACGAUGGCUCGUUCCAGCUGUCGCCCGAGCUGGAGGCAAGACUCCAGAUUGAGAGAUUCUGCGACAAGGUGUCGAAAGAAAUGUACAGCAAUGCCAGCGACCCAAGAGGAGUUGCCGGUGAUGAGCACCGAGCCAUGUUGAUGCGAGUCUAUCGUCGGGACUAUGCGGAGCUCCACGCCUUCACCAUGUCCCAAGACUUGGGUCCUAUCAUCAAUUUGCACAUGAGGGCCGCGGCCCUCCACAUGCGCCUAGCCGGCUUCUUCGACUCAAGUAAGACACCUGGAUAUAUGGAUGAUCUCAUGGGUCUCUGGCGAGCAACCACCUGUUUCCUCGACGACGUACUUGAGGUGGAUAAGGUGACGAGCCCUCGCGAUAGUAUUGGUGGCACUAUUCUUCUCUAUGCGACCAACUACAUUAACCAGAUGAUGGUUGCUGCUGGCUUCGCCCUUCUCAAGUUGAUGAGGUCAUUCUUCGCCAAGACCAUCGACUUUCACCGCGGCCGCAACCUAUUCCAUCAAACCAUUCGAGCCAUUAGAGCUACGAGCGUCGUUAAUAACGACUUGCAAUGGCGACUGGCCGAACUAAUGGUCCAGAUGUGGAAUGGAGCUCGACUUGAUAGCAACCAGCAGUCCUUCAACAGCAAUGACGACUCCCCGAUCCAAAUGGACGACAGCCUGCAGCUCAAGGUGCGAUGCCGUCAUAGUAUGAGUCUGGUAUUCGACUCAGUUUGGCGAUGGAGGGAAGACUAUCAGGCUAUUGGGCGAGGGAACAUAGACGCUGCGAAGCAACCCACAAACCCAGACUCCGCCAACGAAUCUUCGGCUUCAUCGACACAUUUGGAUAGCACCCUGAUGCCGUCUAAUACUCUCACUACGUCCAACAUGCUCACCACGACCAACGGCGCCUUAACACCGAGUGCAACUGGCCUCUCGGUCCCACCGUCAGUACAGCAUGGUCUGAUGGGAGGAAUGAAUUACGGUGAAACGAACUACGACUUCUUUGACCCACAACACUGGAUGUUGGACGGCCUUCUCGACUUUAACUAUUCCUUUGUACCUCCCUUGGAAGGCGCGUAG